AUGAAAAACCACUUGGUUUGCCUGAAGGAGGCCUCUGUUCUGGAUUACUAUGUCUCUGGCUUUUGGUGGGCCAAAGAAAGUAGCUUCUCCCCAGAGCAGAUCCAGGCGUUCAUGAGCCUCCUCCAAAUCCUUAUGGAGAACUUGAGAACAAAGCGCAUGACCAUUGCUGACAACCUUCGAGAACUUGCAGCUGCCAUGAAGGAAGUCAGCAGAUCCGAGGCUGACGAAAACGAUGGGCCUGAGCUCUUCAGUUUGGACGAGUCAACUUGUAUCAUUGACUUCCUGAAAGGGAGUUUAUUUCAGCAUUACAAACUCUAUGAAUUUGUCUUCAUCCACUCAAGAGAUGAUCUCUUUUUGAGGUUUCAAGAAAACAUUGACGUUGACCUAUUUAUUAAUUCCCUGCACGCACAUCCACUUGAGGAGGGGCUGAGCCAAGACAUGUACUCCUUGUUCAUUGACGUUGGUACCCCGGAGCAGCCUGAGGAGGAGACUUUGCCUGAAGAACAAAAGUUCGAUUAUGUAAUUGAAACUCCGACAAGAGACCCCUUGGAAGGAUUCACUGUGGAGGAUGUCAAACAGGUUUUGCAAAAUAUCACUGGAAGUGUGGUGAAAAACCUGCAGAGUGAGAUCAACAAGAAGCUUCAGCAGCAGGAGGAGGAUUAUCUGGCCAGACUGGAGAAGGUGAUCAGAUCAUGA